AUGUUAAUCACCUGUUCUGGCAAAUGGAUCAUUCCAAAGGGUCUCGUGAAAACAACAUGGCGGUCGUCAUGUGUUUUUGGAGAAAGUUUGGAGUUACGUGAUGUUAUGAAGACCAAGACCAGACCAUGUUAGACACAGAGAAAGAUCCAGUCCGCCCGGCGAGAGGAAAAGUUUCCCAUCCCAGCAUGCAGCCUGUUCCACUCAUCUCCUCUGUACAGAGGAUCGUAUUGUACGAAACUAAAGCGCGCUUCUUUCUGGUGGGUUCCAACAACAGAGAGACCAAGUUCAGAGUACUCAAGAUUGACAGGACGGAGCCCAAGGAACUGGUUAUUAUCGAUGACAAGGUUGAGUACAGCCAGCGUGAGGUUAGGGAGUUGUUGUCCAUGUUAGAUGUAGGAAACCGUGCCACACGUCCAGCUCAGAAGGGCGGGGCGGGACUGACCAGAACGGUGUCUGCAUUCGGCAUUGUUGGUUUUGUCCGAUUCCUGGAGGGCUAUUACAUUGUGUUAAUCACCAAGAGAAGACGAGUUGCAAUCCUUGGUGGCCACACCAUCUACAAGAUAGAAGACACCAGCAUGAUCUACAUACCCAACGACAGUGUGCGGAACGCUCACCCUGACGAGUCACGAUACGUCAAGAUCUUCCAAAAUGUGGACCUUUCCAGCAACUUCUACUUCAGCUACAGCUACGACCUGACUCACACUCUACAGUUCAACCUGACUGCUGCUUGUAACUUCCUACCGUUCGGACGUACCAGGAAACACGACAAACAGAUGGAUUCCGCUGAUGAUGAUGAUGAUGUUGAUGAUGAUGAUUAUGAGGAGGAGGAUGGAGAAGAGGAAGGGACCAAGGACCAUGUGUUUGAAACCAGUGAGGAAAGUGGGGAUGAGAAGAUAGACGAAUCUGUGCCAAAUAUCGAACUAGAAAAAGGUCAUAUCUGUGGUGUCCAGAACUCACCAGAGUACAAAUACGUGUGGAACAGCCACAUGUUAGAGAAGUUUGAGGACAGAGUCCACCCAGACUGGAGAAUGUCCAUCAUUCACGGCUUCUGUGCACAGUCUAAUGUGUGUGUGUAUGGCCGCCCCGUCUUCAUCACUCUGAUCGCUCGCCGCUCCAUCCUCUUUGCUGGGACCAGGUUCUUAAAGAGGGGGGCAAACUGUGAGGGUCAGGUAGCCAAUGAGGUGGAGACGGAGCAGAUAGUCCACGAUGCCUCAGUGCUGUCGCUGGGCAGCGGACGGUAUACCGCGUACGUGCAGAUGAGGGGCUCCGUGCCGCUAUACUGGUCACAGGACAUCACCACCAUGAUGCCCAAACCUCCCAUUGGCUUGGACUUAGCUGAUCCAUACACCUGUGUUGCUGGUCUACACUUCAACGACAUGAUGAAGAGAUACGGAGCCCCAGUUAUCAUUCUCAACUUAGUGAAGAAACGCGAGAAGAGAAAGCACGAGAGCGUGCUGACGGAAGAGCUGGUCUCCGCGAUCAACUACCUGAACCAGUUCCUGCCUCCGCAGCACGCCAUCCAGUACAUCGCCUGGGAUAUGGCCAGGUUCACCAAGAGUAAGAAUGUGAAUGUGAUGGAGAGACUAGGGGAGAUAGCAGACCGUGUGGUGAUGAAGACAGGCUUCUUCAAGAGUGGUCCCCAUCUGUACUGCACCAAGCUCAGGCCAGAGGAAAAGUAUAGUGAGAUGCAAGGUGUAACAGAGGAGUCCGGUCGCCGCCAGACGGGAGUACUGAGGACUAACUGUGUGGACUGUCUGGACCGUACCAACACAGCGCAGUUUGUGACGGGGAAGGUGGCCCUGGCGUUCCAACUGUACUCACUAGGGGUGCUGGAGGAUCCGAAAUUAGAAUUUGACACGGAUGCAAUAAGAGUAUUUGAGGAACUGUAUGAAGACAUGGGUGACACCCUGGCCCUGCAGUACGGGGGGUCCCAACUGGUCCACAGCAUCCAGUCUUACCGCAAACUGACUCCAUGGACCUCCCACUCACGGGACAUCAUGCAGACUCUCUCCAGAUACUACAGCAAUGCUUUCUCAGAUGCUGAGAAGCAGAGUGCGAUAAACCUGUUCCUGGGUGUGUUUCUGCCCCACGAGGGGCAUGCCAACCUGUGGGACCUGCCCACAGACUACUACCUGCACCACACCUACUCCAGGGGGGACUUCCCCAGGAUCAGAAGGAGUUACACACAGUGGUGGGAGCUUCCCGUUCUUCGAGCCUUGCCCUUACCACAAGAUGAAGUGUCCAGAGACCACAGAGACGGUCAGGUUGUCCACUGGGGAAGUAAGGACGAUGAGCGAUUGGACGAGUUCUCAGAGUACUACCGACCCUUCCAGCUGACCAUGUUCGAGGACCUGUUUGUCAGCAACAUGCCGCAUUCUAUCAAGGACUUCAUGCCAAAUCCCAGUGACCCCAAGUCAGACCCUUGUCCCUUUGCUGUCAGGAAAACUACUGGGAAGUUUGGGUUUGGGAGUGGCAGAAAGGCCAUUGGUGCGACCCCUCCCACCUCCGCGGCGCCAGAAGACAACAGCUCGUCGGAGAGCGAUGUGUCCAGCGAGGACGAUCUGACGUCCUCGGCCACGCCCAUCAGUCCACUGUCCUCCAGCUCCACCCACGUCUCCUUCAAGGACUUGUUCCAAACCAUGAAGGAGACCUAUGGUGUUUCCAUCAACAAUAUGGAGGCCAUGGAAAGGAAGGACCUUUCUGUGUACAGGAGAUACGUAAUGAUUGGACUGAAUGCGUCCAAGCAGUUCACUGACCCAAAAGGAGUUCCUCGGGCAAGGAAGACAUUAACUGAGUUUUAUCCCACCAGUGCAUUCAAGAUUGACAGCUCCAGAGAAGUCAUCCCUCCCACUGUGGACAAACGGUCCAAGAAAGUUUACGAGGAGUACUUAGAACUGGGGAAGACGGGUCAUACCAAACCCAUCACCAGGGAGGACUUUGAAGUGUACAGAGGGUACGUCAGCAAAAAGUACAAGUAAAACUAGGAAAACUUCUUAGCUUUAUGCAACUGUUGCAAAUGUGUAUUGUUACAAAAACUGUAAACUAAAAUUAGUCUUGUUAUGUACACAACGGUAUUAUCAUUAAGGUUAUGUGCUUGUACUAAAUGUAUGAUAUAGUUUAUCUUGAAUGUAAUAUGUAGUAUGUUGUAAAUGGUACUAUAUAUGUGCAAUAAUAUCUCUAUACUAGAGUGUAUUUUAGGUUAAGACAGUUGCAAGAUGAACAAGACAAUAAAGAAUAUUGUUAGAGUCAGAAAGGGAUGGGAUAGAGAUGUUUUAGUCUCGAAAAGUUUUUACAAGAACUUCAUGUCAAAGAAUGAAUUUUGCUCAAAAACUAGAAUAAGGUUUGUUGACAUUGAGCUUGCAAAACCACGAGAUUUGAUUGCACUGAAUGAUGUAAAAUUGCAGUAGUAGUGUACUCUCCAAGCAGAGGUUGGUGGGAAAAAUCGUGACCUUUUCCUUUCAUAAUUUUUUUCGACCGGCCUUCGCACUGUGGGAAAAAUACAUGAAAGGAAAAGGUCAUGAUUUUUCCCACCAACCUGUGCUUGGAGAGUAGCAGUAGUGUACGUUAUACAUAAAUUUGUAUCUGUAAAUUACAUGUUUAAAUUUGUGAUAUAUUGCAAAUAUACGUUUCCAAUUACACAAGUUACACUUCCAGUAUUAGGAAACCCGACAACAAGCUAAUGAGGUUCGAAUAUGCCAAGUUGCAGUUGCAUCAGACAUGUUAUGUAUGGGGAGAAUGACAGAUAAUUCUAAUGGUAUAGCUUUGUUCAGCUGUACUAAAAAAUGUUGAAGGAAGCAUUAUAUUAUGUCAUGAGGAACAAAGAUCUGCAUUGUAUAGACUCCGAGAUACAUAUAGAAUGUCUACCUUGGCUUUCUCCUUGCGUGCAGUAUGAAAUAAAGGUAACAUUUCGUAGAACUCAA